CAGUGGCGUUGCCAUGACGAGCAUUUUCUUAAGCUCUCUCUGCUCAGCGCAGGAGGGACUCAACUUGCAAACGGCUGGAUUGAAAAAGGGAGGCAGGGGAGGGGGAGAUCGCAGAGAGACCCACGUUUUUACAGAUUCGUUACCCCUAGCCGCAUAGAUUUUUAAGAACCCUGAGCCUUAGUCAGGACAGGCCAUUUCCCCACCUACCUCCGGCCUCUUGGCUUGCGCCAAACUUCGGAAAAAGCGAGAGAAAGGAACCGGCGGCAGGAUCAGAAAUCAAGCUUUCCAGGAUUCCCCCCCCUCCUCCCAGACCUCCCCCCUCCUCCCCCCGUGGAAAUCCAAUGGGUUUUCCCAGUCUGUGGAAGACUUGCUUGCUGUGGCGGAGGGAAAUCAGCAGGAGCAGCCGCAGCAUAUGAAUUGCCUCGGUCGCACAAAGCCGUUGCUCUGCUCGCUCGCUUUGGACACGCUGUCGCGGGGACGGACGAGGAGGAGGUGGAGGCAGCAGCCGCUACGGCAGAACCGAAGCCGCAAACUUGGAGUGGCUGGGCGGGUGCUUUGUGUCAACUUGCUCCUCUGAAGGAAACCCUUCGCUGCUUCUCUUUUCCUGUGAGAAGGGCACAAAAUUUUGGUUGAAGACAGUAUCCAGGGAGCCCAUCUCUUUCUUCAGGAGAUGCAUGCUGGCUGUUGCUAAGGUUGCUUCCACGGUAACAUGUGCAUCCUGUUUACACCUUUAUCGGAAGAAAUUGGGCUUGGCUAGGUUUGCCAGUUUCACCUGGGGAGCUGCAAAAAGAAGUGCUGGUUCCUCCACCCUCUGCCAGCCCUGCCAUCUAACCCAGGAUCCUCCCAUUUCCCCAGAGGCAUUGCUUCCGGUGCCCUGCAGGCCAUAGAACUGGGCUGCUUUCUGUAUGAAGCUCAAAAGUGAGCAUUGCCUGCCCUGAUAUUGUAGAGGAAAGAGAUACUGGAGUGAAAAAGUUGCAGACAACAUUUCUUGAGCUGUUUUCUCAUUGAACCAACUCAGUUUUUGUCAAGAUGACAAACAACUCUGCAGAUCACCAUCCUGGGAACUCUGUUGCUGAGGGCAACCAUGAGGGGGACUUUGGUUGCUCGGUUAUGGACCUGCGUAACCUCAUGGAGCUUCGCAGUGGAGAGGCUGUGACCCGGAUAAACGACACUUAUGGGGGCGUACAUAACAUUUGCAAGAGAUUGAAGACCUCACCAGUGGAAGGCCUAUCUGGGAACCCUGCGGAUCUGGAGAAAAGGAGGCAAGCUUUUGGCCAGAACUUCAUCCCACCCAAAAAGGCCAAAACAUUCCUGCAGUUAGUCUGGGAAGCACUACAGGAUGUCACAUUAAUCAUCUUGGAAAUUGCAGCCAUAAUCUCCCUGUGCCUGUCUUUCUAUCGCCCUCCUGGUGGCGACAGCGAACUGUGUGGGCAAGCAGUAGCUGGCGCAGAGGAUGAAGGCGAGGCUCAGGCUGGAUGGAUUGAAGGGGCAGCUAUCCUCUUCUCAGUCAUUAUUGUGGUGCUGGUCACAGCCUUCAAUGACUGGAGCAAAGAGAAACAGUUUCGGGGCCUCCAGAGCCGCAUCGAACAAGAGCAGAAGUUCACAGUCAUCCGGAAGGGGCAGGUUAUCCAAAUCCCUGUGGCUGAGAUUGUGGUGGGGGAUAUUGCUCAGAUCAAGUAUGGUGAUUUAUUGCCAGCAGAUGGGAUCCUAAUCCAAGGCAAUGAUCUGAAAAUUGAUGAAAGUUCUCUGACUGGGGAGUCAGACCAAGUGAAGAAAUCUCUGGAUAAAGAUCCCAUGCUGCUUUCUGGCACUCAUGUGAUGGAGGGAUCUGGUCGAAUGGUAGUCACAGCUGUGGGUAUCAACUCACAAACUGGAAUCAUUUUUACUCUUCUGGGUGCUGGAGAAGGGGAUGAAGAGAAGAAGGUCAAGAAAGGUAAAAAACCCGGAGCCCCUGAAAAUCGCAACAAAGCAAAAACUCAGGAUGGUGUGGCCCUGGAGAUCCAGCCACUGAAAAGCCAAGAAGGGGUGGAAAACGAGGAGAAGAAGAAAGUAAAGGUUCCAAAGAAGGAGAAGUCAGUGUUGCAGGGGAAGCUCACCCGCUUGGCAGUUCAGAUUGGAAAAGCAGGACUGAUCAUGUCAGCCAUCACAGUCAUUAUCCUGAUGGUGUACUUUGCGAUCGACACCUUCGGGAUUCAAGGAAGAUCAUGGCUGGCUGAAUGCACCCCCAUCUACAUCCAGUAUUUUGUCAAGUUCUUCAUCAUUGGUGUCACUGUGCUCGUGGUGGCUGUGCCUGAAGGCUUACCCCUGGCUGUGACAAUCUCUUUGGCCUACUCUGUGAAGAAAAUGAUGAAAGAUAACAAUCUGGUUAGGCACCUGGAUGCUUGCGAGACAAUGGGCAACGCCACCGCUAUCUGCUCAGACAAGACAGGUACUCUCACCAUGAACCGUAUGACUGUGGUGCAAGCUUAUGUGGGUGACACCCACUACAAACAGAUCCCUGACCCAGAAGCCAUCCUGCCCAAGGUCCUGGACCUCAUCGUCAACGGUGUUGCAAUAAAUUCUGCUUACACCUCUAAAAUCUUGCCACCAGAGAAAGAAGGAGGUCUCCCACGUCAAGUUGGAAACAAGACAGAAUGUGCACUUCUGGGCUUUGUGCUGGACUUGAAACAAGAUUACCAAGCCGUCCGCAGUGAGGUGCCAGAAGAAAAGCUCUACAAGGUGUACACCUUCAACUCGGUCCGCAAGUCCAUGAGUACGGUGCUGAAGAACCCAGAUGGGAGCUUCCGCAUGUACAGCAAAGGAGCCUCUGAGAUCAUCCUGCGCAAAUGCACAAAGAUCUUGGACAAGAAUGGGGAACCCAGAAUAUUUAAGGUGAAGGAUCGGGACGAGAUGGUGAAAAAAGUGAUUGAGCCAAUGGCUUGUCAGGGGCUGCGGACCAUUUGCCUGGCCUACCGGGAUUUUCCUGCUCGUGUUGAGCCCGACUGGGAUGCUGAAAAUGAGAUCCUGUCUGACCUUACCUGCAUCACUGUGGUUGGCAUUGAGGACCCUGUUCGGCCAGAGGUGCCUGAGGCAAUCCAGAAAUGCCAGCGUGCCGGUAUUACUGUUCGGAUGGUUACAGGUGACAACAUCAAUACAGCACGUGCCAUUGCAACCAAGUGUGGGAUCUUGGUGCCUGGGGAGGACUUCCUGUGCUUGGAAGGAAAGGAAUUCAAUAGGCUCAUCCGCAAUGAGAAAGGCGAGGUAGAACAAGAGCAACUGGAUAAGAUCUGGCCCAAGCUCCGAGUCUUGGCACGUUCUUCACCCACUGAUAAGCACACACUUGUGAAAGGAAUCAUUGACAGUACUGUUGGAGAACGGAGGCAGGUGGUAGCUGUGACUGGGGAUGGCACCAAUGAUGGCCCAGCUUUGAAGAAAGCAGAUGUGGGAUUUGCUAUGGGUAUUGCUGGCACAGAUGUGGCUAAAGAGGCCUCAGACAUCAUCCUGACAGAUGACAACUUUACAAGCAUUGUCAAGGCAGUGAUGUGGGGCCGCAAUGUGUAUGACAGCAUCUCCAAAUUCCUGCAGUUCCAACUAACGGUCAAUGUAGUGGCUGUGAUUGUGGCUUUCACAGGCGCUUGCAUCACACAGGACUCUCCUCUGAAGGCUGUCCAGAUGUUAUGGGUCAACUUGAUCAUGGAUACCUUUGCCUCAUUAGCUCUUGCCACAGAACCCCCAUCCGAAUCCUUGCUCUUGCGCAAGCCAUAUGGCCGCAACAAGCCAUUAAUUUCCCGCACCAUGAUGAAGAACAUCCUGGGGCAUGCUGUGUACCAGCUCACCAUUAUUUUCACACUUCUCUUUGCAGGUGAGAAAUUUUUUGAUAUCGACAGUGGCCGGAAUGUUCCCCUCCACUCCCCACCCACUGAACACUAUACCAUCGUCUUCAACACUUUUGUCAUGAUGCAACUUUUCAAUGAGAUCAAUGCUCGCAAGAUCCAUGGUGAGAGGAAUGUCGUUGAGGGCAUUUUCCGGAACCCCAUCUUCUGCUCUGUGGUGCUAGGAACUUUUGUUGCCCAGAUCAUCAUUGUGGAAUUUGGUGGGAAGCCAUUCAGCUGUUCUGGGCUCACCUUGAGCCAGUGGUUCUGGUGUAUUUUCAUUGGUGUAGGAGAGCUGCUUUGGGGACAGUUGAUCAGCACCAUUCCAACCAGUAGGCUGAAGUUCCUGAAGGAGGCAGGACAUGGCAUUACCAAGGAGGAUAUUCCAGAUGAGGAGUUGCCUGAGGGUCUAGAUGAAAUUGACCAUGCUGAAAUGGAGCUCCGACGAGGACAGAUCCUGUGGUUCCGUGGUCUCAACAGAAUACAGACUCAGAUGGACGUAGUUUACACAUUCCAGACCGGCGCCUCCUCUUUACAGGGAGCCCUCAGGAGACAGCCUUCCAUCGUGAGCCAACACCACGAUGUAAAAAAUGUUUCUAGCCCAACCCAUAUCAAGGUGGUGAAUGCGUUCCGUAGCUCCUUGUAUGAAGGCCUCGAGAAACCUGAAUCCAGAAGCUCCAUUCAUAACUUCAUGACUCACCCAGAGUUCAUCCCGGAGGAAGACGAGCCUCGGACCACAUUCCUUGAUGGUUCCGAUGAAGACCUGGAAACUGAAGAACUCAAAAAGCAAAGUGAGGAGUGCCCAGGCGAGUCCUCACCCCUCAACAAAAAUAACAAUGCAGUGGACAGCGAUAUAGCUGAGGACACCAUUCCGGAGCCAGAAAGCCCUUUACACAGCUUGGAAACAUCAGUUUGACCUCUGACCUUUGAUUCCCGUCCUGCUCCCCCCCAUGCAACAUAGGCACCAACAUCUGACCAUACACUGCAGUCACUUCCUGUCAAGUGCUAACACAUAUAUGCCUACUUUCUCCUGCUCUCUCUUUCCCUCUCCUCACCCCCCAUUUAUGAUUUUUUUUUAGCUGCUGGAACCACAGUACCACAUGGCUAGAGGUUUGCUUCUAAACAAUUAUUUUCUAAAUUAUUUGAGAGAGUUUCUCCAGAAACAAACUGCCAGUUUUGAUAGAUCUUCUUUCUUGAGUUGGGUUCCAUGUAUCCGUAGUAGUGGCUUUUCCCUUGUUGAAGUUGCAUGUAUAAAGAAACAAGGUUCAGAUUCUCUCGAACAGCUGUGUGUACAGCAUCUGAUGGUGCAGGUGUGGGGAUAGCUUUUUCUGUGUGCAGAAUCUGAAUCCUAGAUGCCUCCAUGUGUUCUUGGGGAGAAGAGGUGAGCACCAAGAUGAUGAAAUUAAAGGAGGCUCUGAAUCAGGUAUUGGAUAUGAACCCAGUCUUCCAUUGGGGGGGGGGAAUGGUGCCUGAUUUUACCAUUUUUCUGUUUCUGUAUUUCUCUCUCUCUCUCUGUUUCCAUGCUAGUAUCAACCACAGGAGAUAAGACUAAAAAGUCUUAAAAUGGCUUAAAUGAUGUGGUUUGAAGUAAAGCCAAGCAAGAAGGAGAUAUGAUAGCACCAUGCUCUCUGGGAGAAUGAAACAUGGCUUCUAAUGAAAAGGAGUUGUUUAUGAAUUAAGAACAAAGUACUUAGGCAUUUUGUGUUAGCUGAGGUGUGAUAUUUUAUUUGACCUUUGGAUUUUACAGUUUGGACUAUCAGGUGAAUUAAGUCAUUGGCCCUGUAAGGUAAACAUCCCAACCCCAUUCCUGGUAAAAAAAUUAUCCCAAAGAACGUUGCACAGGUCCGAGCCAUGCUCCCUGCAUAAUUUCAGAAGGGUUAUGGGAAGAAGGGCAGUCCUUCAGAGAGUGCAAGGUGUUAAAAAGUACAGCCAGGCCAGCUCUAAUAAUAAGCUAAUACUACAACUUUUUCUUGUAUUUUGCAUGCUAAAGAGUGAAGGUGUCACAAGAAGGGGUUGGGGGCACAAACACUUGCAAACAAGUUGGCGCAGUUAAGUCACACUAUGUUAUGGCACAAAGCACCUUAAAAGAAAGUAUAACAAUGUGGCUUCUCCACAUUUAUCAUUAAGAGUGCCUUCCAUUCUCAUUUAAUCUGGCCUCUGUCUUUUCCCAAACCUGUUGUUUGCCCACCUAAAAAGAAUGCUAGAGAAGGUGCAUCUGUACUGAAUGGGGAUGGUGUCGCCCUCACCUUGGGACAUGUCUCCUAGUAUUAAGUUGUUGGUCGGGUGAGAGGACUAUGCUUCAGCCUUGCAGUGUUUAGCCAUAUGGAAACUUGCUGCUGAAAGUCUUCUGAGCAUAUUUAAGUGAGGGCCAGUUUGAAUGAGAGAGAAAAUAUUGUGCGGGCCUCCACCAUUGUAGAACCGGAGGCAAGGCAUCUCUCAAAGCAUGACACAAUAGGCUUGCAUCACUACAGAAUGCUUAACUUGAAAAGUACUACCUGGAAGCAAAGAGAGAACCUAUUUGUUUGUAGUGGUAUUGAAAGUUUCAUUGCCUGGCCACCAUCCCAAUGUUUCCUUUUGAAGAACGCACAGCUGAAACUCCUGUGCCUUGUCUAAGCACUGCCCAAAGCACCACCUGCCACAUGGUGGGCCUGGUACUUUGCCAAGAGAUAAGUGUUCCUUAAACAAACAAACAAAAAAUGAAACUUAAUUUAGUGUUUUGAUUUCAUUUUUAAACUCAAACCCCUUCGCCUUGCAGAUUGAUUGCUGAAUUUCAUUGCAAGUUCAAGGUAGACCAGUGAAAAUUGCUUGUCAAUAGGUCUUCUGUUCCAGUGCUGGUGUAAAGAGGACUUCCAUGCUAGGCUCAACUAACUGCCAACCUCUUGGGAUGGGGAUGGGGAAAUACCCAUCAACAGCCAUCGUACUUGCAAAUAAGGCACCAUACCAUCCCCUCACCUCUUGUUUUCCUUCCAGAAAAAUUCACUUCAUUCAUCUGAACGUUGGAAGGAAUUUAGGGAGGGAAACUGUCAUCUCUUGCUAUGUUGACCUAUCAAACAAGACAAAGAAAAACUUUUAUUUUGCUAUGUUCUAAAGAUUACAUUGCUUCAAAGGUCAUUUUUCUAUUUUAAAUACUUGCAAAAAAAAAUGGUGGUGUUAAUGCGCUUGCAUAAAUAUUUGUGGGAGGGGACACUAAUUUUUGUUUCUUUGAUAUUUUUUCUUACCUCAAACAUGUGUUGGAAGAAGAAAAUGUGACGCUUACAAAGUCACUCCCAGAGAUCUGUAAUUUACAAUUGUGGUGAGGGGUCUGACCUACGUUAUAGUCCAUUGGUUUUCUUUUUAUGUGUCUAGCUUCCUCAGUGGGAGAGGUGGGCAUGUGGGUGGGUAAGGGGAAAUAAUUCUAUAAAUAUUAUGCAAAAAAUAUAUAGUUUUCUUUAGAUCAGAAACAGAUAUUUUUAAGUCAGCCAUAUGUAUUUUGUUUAAAGGAAACAGAACUGUGAGUUAUGUAACUGCAGUGGAAUGUAGUCACAUGGCUGGCAGUUGGCAUAUAGUGAUUGGCCAGACUCCAGUCGGCUUCCUUUCUCUGAACAGCCAUCUUUGUACUAAAAAAUCAGUUGUGUUAUACAGAAAUGUUUUUUAUAUAAAUUAUGUUGAUAUGGCUGGUUGCUUAAAGUAUAAAUGUUUAUUGUGCAUAACAUUUUUUAAAUGUAAAAUAGGGAUGUUGUUUUCUAUUUUAGUUUCAAUGGUAAACCUGGCACAUUGACUGGCUUAAAUUAUUAAGGAAUUGUAAAACGUGGUCGAGAAAUAGUGCUUUAGAUAAAAAGCAUGAGCCGCAAUCCACAAUCAUGUAGGCAUACACUCACCAAAGAAAAUGGCUAGCAUCAUUGGGUUCCAUGGCACUGAUCACCUGCUUGGGGGAUGGAGGGGAAAGGGGGACCUCAGUGAAGUCCUCCCACCUUCCCAAACAGUUGAACAGCACUGGCAAUAGUUGAGUGCAUCAGCCAUCUCUUAGGGGAAAGAUAAGUGAACCCAGUUCAGCAGAGGUCAGCAUCCAGUACAAUAUGCAGGGUUUUUUUUAAUUCCAUGAAGCAUCCUUUUGUGUGCAUUUGGAUAGCAUCCAAGCAAGGUAAUCUAUGCACAGAAGCCUACUUCUAUGCAAUGUCUGCCUUUCCUGGAUGGUGAUGGAUUGUAAUUUCUCUGAAAUUUACCGUGAAGAACAGGAAGAUCUUUGCUGCCAAUAGAGUGAUCCUUGGGAUGGGGAGGGGGUGGGGAAUAAUUUAAGGUUGUGCCAUGCCAGACAGGAAAUUAGGUAAUAUCCUGUGAUGUGUGUUACUUUGCCUUGGAAUGCUGUGGUGGUGGUGUUUAAGAAAAACACCCUGGACGUAAUUUUGCAUCCAGUUCUUAAUAGUAGGAAUUUAUUCUUUUUUGUUAAAUAAAUUGGCAGAUUGGUACCAAAGAUAUUAUAUCACUUCCUGUGUGCAAUGAAGAAUAUCCCUUUUUAGCCGUUAGAAUUAUGUAAUUGGUUCUUUUUAUUGAGUUGCACAGGGAUCUGACUUAAUUUUUCAAAAGUUUUGUGCAAUAAGUUUUCAGGUAAUAUUAUGUAAAACAAAAAGACAAUUCCAGGAGGAAAACAAAUCUAAUUGUAAUUUUAGCCAUGGGCAGUCAUGAACAGAAAUGCAUAAAUGAAUCAUGCUGAAGAGUACAUUUUGGAUAUUAUUAGAAAUCUCUACCUAUGUUUCACUUGCCUCUUCUCUUGGAAAAUCAACAGAGGUCCUCAUCAUGAGGGGGCUGAAGUCCACUGAAGACCCCCCAAUGCAUUCAGUUUUAAGGGCCACAUUUCAAGAUCUCCCGCAGAGGAUGUUUGCUUCAUAUCUUCCCUGAGGCAUUUCCUAGUUCAGCAAAGUUUUCUGGCCUAUUUUGCCUUUUGGUGAUAUUGGGGCAAAUGGUUGAGAUGGCUGCAGGUCUGAUCCCAGCCACAGUUUUAGAGGGGGGAGGUCGUGACAGGUCCCAUAUGUGUCCUGGAAGCCUUAAACGAACAAUAUUCUGCUCUUCACAUAUGCUCAAGAGGUCAUCAAUCAAGGUAUCUCUGGACAAGGGCUUUUCUCCCUCUGCAGAGCACCUUGAUGGAAAAAGAGCAACCUACCUGCACCGUUGAGGAGGGAAUGUGGAUACAACUAGAAUUCUUUUUCUCUCGUUCGCUAUGCCUUUAGAACAGCUUCGGUAUUAUGUUGCACCCAAUGUACCUGCCACCCUGAUACUUUCCACACUGUUAUUUGGUUGUGCUUUAUAGUGGUAACAUGACUACUAACCAAAAAAAAGAAGGAAAAAGAGGAGUCUUAACUGCAAAUUCAUGUGCCCUUUGAUGAACCCAUGGCUAAGAGUACUUUGUUUUUUUCUGCCCAUAAAUAAAUAUAUAUACGGUAUUAAAUUUAGAUAUUUGUAUAUAUUUAUUUGAAUGAGAAGGCUUUUCUUAAAGAAGCAUGCAGAUUAAAAUUUACGUUUUCCCUUUUUCAGUAACUAGCAUAAUAAGCACUGGUAUUUUUGUAUAAAAAAAGAAAAAGGACAAAACAAAAGACUGAAUAUUACAUGGUAUGCAUGACAUAAACAAAUGGUGGUUUCAAAGCAAUAUGUACCCUGGUGUGUUUGCCAUAUUCUAGAGUCCAGCUUAAAGUGCACCUGAUCUGUAAUUGCAUUUUGAUAUUAUUUAAUCUCUAUGUACAAUGUUUUGCAUGUAUUUAUACGAUUCUUGGGAAGGUUUUUUUGGUGGGAGGGGUACACAGAGGGGUGGGGUUGGAAUGAUUAACAGUGAACUUCUUCCAGAAUAUUUGAAACUCCAAGCAUGGAAUCAUGAUGGGGAAAUCAAGCCAAUUUUUUUCCUUUUUAAGGUGCAACAGGCGGGGAAAGGGAUAAUGUUUUGAGCUAAUAACACUUUUUUGCUGUUGAGCAAAAAUAGUGUGUGAGUGCAUUGAGAGAAUAAACUGUGCCCACUUGUAACCAUGAUGUCUUCAAUAUGUGUCCCACCAUUUAUGAAGUCACUGAUCAUCUACUGAAGCUGAGAUAACCUGAAUGAAUGUAAAAGUUCAGCUUGGAACAAAAUCAUAGUGUGAAAACUAUGAUAACGUUUUUUGUUUUUUUGUUUUUAAAAAGACAAACAAAAACUAAAGUCUAAGUUGGUGCAAUGUUUUCAAUAUCCAAUGUGCACAGAACUUUCUCUGCCACUUCUGUCAUCUCUGAGCAAGGUCCAGAAAGAGCCACCAAAUACUAGCCAAGACUAAAGAUGCAUGCCAACACAGAGAUACCCAAAAGAUCAUUUGUUUUAAUGGGGGAAAGGCAGCAUGCAGCACAUUUCAAAAACAAAUUGUGGAUUUGUAAUUACAAACCCAUUGAUAAAUGUUUUUAACACAAGGUAACAAUUCUGUCUAGUUACAUUGCUUGUAAACAAAUAAUUUAUUCUUAUUCAUAGCAUUUUUUAUCCUUUCCAAGAAAGUGCCAUGGUAACAAAAAUACAAGGUUCAGUCUUUAUUUCAGUAGUGUAUUGAAUGUAACGCUAAAGGCCAGUUCACAUCUUAACACUUCUAGUAUAAACACUUUCAAGGACUAAACAUGUUCCUGAAUCAGGCAUAAUGUGAGGUGGAUGUAUACACUUAUCACAUCCUGUGCUUCAUCAUUAAAACCUGAUGAAAGGUAUUUUGAUCAUUCACCCUGUCACACAACAUGGUUUUACAGUGCACGUAUAUUGAAAUAAAUGUAUGUAUGUUCCUCAACUUUCAUGGGGUACCUGCUAAAA